AUGCGACGACACUUUGAUGCCGACAAGGAGAACCGCGUCGCACUUGCCGUCUCCAGUUACUCCCAGCGCGCCCUUCACGCUUCCCGCCAGCUCAACUCCGGGACAGCCGCUUCAAUGAAACGACCUCAUCAGGACACGGACGGGGCGCGAUAUCCGCCAAUGAAAACCGGCACUGAACGAGCUGCGGCAUCUCGACGACCUCAUGGGGACGCGGCGUCCCUUCAUUUGAGCGCGUAUACUCAGGGCUCGAGUGCAGGAGGUUGCUACAAGGUUGCAGCAACGGGAGCUCCAGCGAUGAAGAGGUCCAAUUUAGUGACUGGGGGGUCGAGGACGGAGAGAAAUGUUGCACCAAGAGCUUUAGAUGCAAGCAGUGCUAAACUGGAGAAAACGACUGGCACGGAUGUGGACGCAGCAGUACCGUCUGCUUCGACUUCAUCGUCGUCGCAGUCGAAGAAGACGUGGAAGCUCAGCGACUUUGAGAUCGGCAAACCGCUUGGAAAAGGCAAGUUUGGCAACGUCUACUUGGCUCGAGAGAAAAGGUCCAAGUACGUGGUGGCGCUCAAGGUGCUGAACAAGCAGCAGCUGAUCAAGUCGAGCAUGGAACACCAGCUGCGUCGGGAGAUUGAGAUCCAGUCGCACUUGCGCCACAGAUCCAUCCUGAGGCUGUAUGGCUACUUUUACGACAGCAAGCGCGUGUAUUUGAUCAUCGAGUACGCGCCCCAGGGAGAGCUCUACAAGAAGCUGCAGAGAUCGGGACGCUUCUCGGAAAAACAGUCGGCACUGUACAUUCAGGAGAUGGCACAUGCUCUGAUCUACAUGCACAGCAAGCACGUGAUCCACCGCGAUAUCAAGCCCGAGAAUCUGCUCGUUGGGUUUCAUGGUGAGCUCAAGAUUGCAGAUUUUGGCUGGUCAGUGCACGCGCCGUCUUCGCGACGUACGACGCUGUGCGGCACUUUAGACUACCUCCCACCUGAGAUGAUUGAGAACAAACCCCACGAUGAAAACGUGGACGUGUGGACACUCGGCAUCCUCAUGUACGAGUUUCUGACAGGUGCGCCUCCAUUCGAGACCGAGAACGCAAAAGAGACGUACCGCCGCAUCGCCCACGUAGACCUUAUAUUCCCGAGUCACAUAUCGUCGGAUGCUCGAGAUCUGUUGUUGAAGAUAUUGCGCCACGACCCGCGGCAGCGCAUGCCGUUAGAGCGUGUGCUGGCGCAUCCGUGGAUUGUGCAGCACUGCGAAUCCACUGUCUAG